AUGGCCGACCAGACCCCAUGCACCGCAUCCGAGGCCAGAACCGACGACGCUGAGCGAUCCGAGGCGAUCACUCCCGCUGCCUUCUACGCCGCCGCCGCCGCGUCCGCUCUUGGCUUCGGUGGCGGCCGCAGGACUGUGGCGACAGCAGUCGCUGCCAACAAGCUGGCGUGGGUGCCUCACGACUGGUCGGCGGCACGCAACGGCUACGAGAACGCCUUGGCCGGCCCGAUGCAGGAGGACGUCUGCUUUCAUGUCAACGCGGAGCUGCAGGCGCAGGGCCACGGCGGGCCCGAAGGCCACUUCUGCGUCAACGCGGCGGUCGAGAUGUCCCUGCUCUACGCGCGCGGGUGUGGGCUCUACGCGCAAGACGAGUUCCUUCGCGACCACCUCGAGGAGCAGGACACCCUGCUCGUCUCGGUCGGAGGCAACGACAUCGCCCUCCAGCCCCUCCUCGCCACGCUCGCCAACGCGUGCCUCCGGCCCGAGCGCACCUGCGCCUGCCCGCUGGACUGCCCCUUCGACGCCGACCACGCGACGUGCGGGACGGCCGCCUGCCUGCGGACGGGCUUGGCGGGGUGGCCGCUCGGGCUCGGCUACAUCGUCGACCUCUUCCGCAACAAGGUGGAGAGGUACGUGCGGCGGCUGGUCGGCAAGACGCGGCCGCGCAAGGUCGCGUGCACUCCGUACGGCUGGGCCGACCCUGCCCUGUGCUGCCUCGGCUACAACUGGGCGCCCGCCUCCAACCGAACGCCUCCCGGCGGCGUCGCAGUGGUCGCUUUCCCGCUCUUCGAGGUGCUCGACGGAAAGACGAGCUCCGACUACCACUCGCGUGUCGAGCCCUCCUCUGCGGGCGGCCGCAAGAUGGCGCGCGCCCUCGUCAAGUGCGCAAUGGCGCCACUCCAGCCGGCUCCCCGCCAGCCGCCCGCUCCCCACCUCCAGCCGUGGGUCGAGACCCCCCGCUCACUGAAGGUGCCCACGCCGCCGGAGCCGCGCGAGAUGGAGCGCGAGAAUGCUCAGGACGACGGCGACACGGACCCAACGUGCUGA